UAUCUCGCGUCGUCGUUGUUCUUUUAGAAGACAUAAUUCUAGUAGACCAAAGGCAGUGACAGUGUAGUCCGUUUCGGUUAUCCAGGCAAGGUCCGCUGGUUUGCUGGCGAACGGGUUGGCUAGCUGGUGGUUAGCCUGCUGCUAGUAGCCUUCGAGAUUUCUCCCUGCUAUCAAGCCAAGCAAUACGUUUGUAUGUGUUUUUCCGUGCCGUCACAGACCAAGGAUACGAGGUUUACGGUUAAGAGGAUUCCUGCAGGUGUCCUCGAGUGACUUAGGAACCCCGAUGAUCUCUGGUUGGACUUGUGCAAGUGAGAGGGGUUGAGGAGGAACGUAAAAGCAAAGCAGUUUUAAAAGUCCUGAUGUUACUCUGACGCUUGGAAAAAUGAUGCCAAUGAUUCUGACGGUGUAUCUAAGUGAUGGUGAGCAGGCUCUGACGGAGGUGCCCAUCACUCCAGAGACAACUUGUCGUGAUGUGGUGGAGUUCUGCAAGGAGCCAGGGGAGAGCGGCUGCCAUCUGGCUGAAGUGUGGCGCGGCAAUGAAAGAGCAAUCCCUUUUGACCACAUGAUGUACGAACACCUGCAGAAGUGGGGUCCCAGGAAGCAGGAAGUAAAGUUCUUCUUGCGCCAUGAGGACUCGCCCACAGAGAGCAGUGACCAAGGGAGUCAGCAGUCUCAAGAGCAGGCUAACAGAAGGACUGGAAGCAGCUCGGAUAAACACAAUGAGAACGGGGUGGGGAACACUCGUGUGGAGCUUACUCUCUCAGAGUUGCAGGAGAUGGCCACGCGACAACAGCAGCAGAUCGAGGCCCAGCAACAGAUGCUCGUCGCUAAGGAGCAGCGCUUGCGGUAUCUGAAGCAGCAGGAGCGGCGGCAACAGCAGGCAGUGUCUGAGACAGAGAAGCUGCAGAGGCUGAAGGAGAGAGUGGAGAGCCAGGAAGCCAAACUCAAAAAGAUCCGUGCAAUGAGGGGCCAAGUGGACUACAGCAAAGUUAUCAACGGCAAUCUGUCUGCAGAGAUCGAGCACAUCAGUGGGCUGUUCCAGGAGAAGCAGGCAGAGCUGCAGGCAGCCAUGCUGAGGGUGGACCAGCUCAGCCAGCAGCUGGAGGACCUGCGGAGAGGCAAGCUGAAUGGCCUGCAGACUUUGGGUGGCCAUGUCACCGGCACUGCUGCCUUGGAGCUUCGCAAACUCUACCAGGAGCUGCAGAUCCGUAACAAGCUGAACCAGGAGCAGAACAGUAAGCUACAGCAGCAGAAGGAGCUGCUGAACAAGCGCAACAUGGAGGUGACGCUGAUGGACAAACGCAUCAGCGAGCUCCGGGAACGCCUCUAUAAGAAAAAAGCUGAGGCACGUCAAAAAGAGAACCUGCCUCUUAACCGACCAAGUGGUCCUCCCUCCCCUCAGCCAGCUCCCGGCAGUACUGGUCGAGUGGCAGCAGUGGGUCCGUACAUCCAGGUGCCUGUGCCUGCACGCCCAGAGAGUGGCUACAUGGUACCCCCAGACCCCCUCAAACCUCAGACACUGGGUGUGAACACACCAGCCAACCACGCUCGAUCAAAAUCAGAUGGCGUGAGAAAGCCCCCCGGACCCUGGAAGGUUUCUGAUUUAGACAUCAUAGUGGAUCCGCUCCCGCCGUCCCCUCCAGAGUCUGGCCCAGGCCCUGGGGCCCCUGCCACCACCACCUCCUCCUCCACAGCGGGGCCAGACGGAGCCUCUCCUAAUGAUGCAGGGUGGCCCACCCUCAGCAAGGGUAAUGCAUCUCUCAAGCCUCCGGACUGGAAGGAGUCGAUAGGAGACCCCCCCUGCAAAACAGUCUCUCCUGCUGGCACCCCAGCAGAUAAGAUUCCAGACACAAAUAAACUGGGCUCGGCUCCUCCUCCCUGUAAGCCCCAGCCUCCUCCGUAUGGUGCCCACACCAGUUCCCAUCCACUUUCCUCCACUAACUCUGGCUCCACCACCUCCUUGGACCGCCGCAAGGAUGUCCCGCUGCGCCCUGUCCCAGCCCACGCAAACAACCCCCCAAAUACUAAUCCGCCACCCCCACCAGCCUGGCCUCGUGUAGGCCCCUCUACUGGAUCCUCAUCCCAGCAGAUCCAGCAGCGCAUCUCAGUCCCACCCAGCCCCACCUUCCAGCCCAGCUCGCCACUUUUCCCCCCAGGAGAAAGACCUGACCCUCCUCUUGCUGUGGCUGUGCGCCCCUUUAUCCCAGACAAGGGAUCUAGACCACAGUCACCCAGAAAAGGCCCAGCCACCAUGAACUCCAGCUCCAUCUAUCACAUGUACCUACAGGGGGUGCCCAAGAACUACCCAAUGAGCAACAAGCCUGCUGUUAAAGCUGUGUAUGGAAAGCCAGUCUUGCCCUCCAGCUCCACUCCCCCAUCUCCUCUGCCCUUUACAGGCUCUGGACCUUUCCCAGGGCUGCUGGGUGCCGCAGGGGACAUGAUAGACAGUGAGCUGGACCCUGAGAUUCAGAUGGUAGGUAUCUCAGAAGGGCCUCCGCCCAACGUGGACCACAUCCCUCGGCCGCUCAGUCCAACCAAGCUUACCCCCAUGGUCCACUCUCCCAUGCGCUACCAAAGCGAUGCUGAGCUAGAGGUGCUACGCAAGAAGCUGGCUAACGCUCCACGGCCGCUCAAGAAGCGCAGCUCUAUCACAGAGCCUGAGGGUCCCAGUGGGCCCAACAUCCAGAAACUCCUCUACCAGCGUUUCAACACCCUGGCUGGUGGGAUUGAGGGAGGAGUUGUAGGAGUAGGAGGCAGUGGAGGAGUGACUCCGUUCUUCCAGCCGACAGGAGCUGCAGGCGAGGUGCUGUCUGACGCAGACAAUGGAAAUCCACCCUCAGAAACACCAGCCGCUCCCCUCUCUGGGACCGAGGGUGCACCCCCAGAUGCCCUACCUCAGGGUGAUGCGAAUGAUAACCAGCCCCUGCAGCCAACAACAGAAACACUUGCCCCACCAGCACUGGAGCCCUCAGAGGAUGACGACAACAACAACAACAAUGCUGCAGGGCCUUCUGCCACUUUGCCCAGCUGUGUGCCUGAGGCCAGCUCACCACAAGAGGCAGCAACUUCACCGUCUUCGCAGCCUGCAGAGAAGCGCACUAACCUGAAGAAGCCUAACUCUGAGCGGACAGGCCAUGGCUUCAGGGUGAAGUUUAACCCUCUGGCUCUGCUUCUGGAUGCCUCGCUGGAGGGAGAGUUUGACUUAGUGCAGAGGAUCAUUUACGAGGUGGAGAACCCGAGCACUCCUAAUGAUGAGGGCAUCACUCCCUUACAUAAUGCAGUGUGUGCUGGACACCACCACAUUGUCAAGUUCCUGCUUGACUUUGGCGUCAAUGUCAAUGCAGCAGAUAGUGAUGGCUGGACACCCUUGCACUGCGCUGCCUCCUGCAACAGCGUCCACCUCUGCAAGCUGUUGGUUGAGUCUGGCGCCGCCAUCUUUGCCACCACCAUCAGUGAUGUGGAGACAGCAGCAGACAAGUGUGAAGAGAUGGAAGAAGGCUACAUCCAGUGCUCACAGUUCCUCUAUGGCGUGCAAGAGAAGCUGGGAGUGAUGAAUAAGGGAGUUGUGUACGCUCUGUGGGAGUAUGAGGCUCAGAGUGCAGAUGAGCUGUCUUUCUUGGAGGGAGAUGCCAUCACCAUCCUGCGCAGAAAAGAUGACACUGAGACAGAGUGGUGGUGGGCCAGACUUAAUGACAAGGAGGGCUAUGUGCCUCGCAACUUACUUGGGCUGUACCCUAGAAUAAAGCCUCGUCAGAGGUCCCUGGCAUAGCUGACUGCAUCUCCCCUGUGUGACUGACUGGACUGAUGUCUAGGGGUGCAGAACCUCCACCAUUCACCCCUCUUAUUCCGCUCCUGCUGCUGGGGUGAAGCUGCUAAACCAUGUUCCCAGACUGGGGGCACAACCAACAACACUACACACAGAUACACACACACACAUACAUACACAAUAAUAAAGGCCAAACAAAAAGCCUCAGGUCCUAAAAUCUGCCCCAUUGCCCUCAUUACCUGGCUUCUAUCUCACCCUCAUCCCCCUCCCUCCACUCCUGAAGACUUGGUUUUGACCGAGCAUCAUGUAACAUGUAUCAUAGCCGCUGCACAUUUCUCCAUGGAGAUCAAAGCACUACCUGUUUGGUUUUAUAGCUUUUGUUUUUUAUCAUUUCUGCUUGCGUUUUUAUCUGGAGAUUUUUAGCUCUUUAUAGUUUGUUGAGGUGAUGCUGGCACCGUGCAGGCUGGAUCACCCAGAGCACAGCUGCUUUUGCUUCCUUUUUGCAAGCCUCAGUUUAAAGAGGGAAUCUUUAUGCUAUGGAUAGAAAGCAUUUGUAUUAAACGUCCUGUGUAUUAUGCCUAUGAGCUGAGAGGGAAAAAACUGGAUAUGCUUUCUGAAGGCAUUUUGAUGGUGUGUUA